CAUGUAUUAAUGUGUUGAACUUUUUUCAGAAAAUGCCGGAUAGUAAAGUAAUGGUAAUUUCUCUCAAAAAUGGGAAAACAAGGAUAUCUUCGGAAAACUUAACAUAUGGAAGCUAAUCACAUCAGUUUUUGCCUUUUCAUCUACACCAGAGCUGAUGUUUGGACUUUAUCUACUAUACUACUUCAGGGUCUUCGAGCGACAAAUGGUUCCAACAAGUACUCUGUUUUUAUUUUGUUCUCAAUAGUGGCUUCAUUUCUAUUUGAGGUUAUGGCUCUAGCUAUCCUUAAAGAUCCCACAGCUAACCUGCUUACUUCUGGACCUUAUGGCCUCAUAUUUGCUUCAUUCAUACCAUUUUAUUUUGACAUCCCGGUUUCAACAUGGUUUCGAAUUUUUGGUGUUCGCUUCUCCAAUAAGUCUUUCAUCUAUCUAGCUGGUCUUCAGCUUCUUCUAUCAUCUUGGAAAAGAUCACUCUUGCCAGGGAUAUGUGGCAUCCUUGCUGGUUCCUUAUAUCGUCUAAAUGUCUUUCGCAUCCGAAAGGCUAAGUUUCCUGAGUUCAUUACAUCAUUCUUUUUGCGGCUUUCUUGGCCUUCUAUGGAUAAUCCACCUACAACACCAGCUAGGAAUCUUGCAGGAAAUGCACCUUCCUACACAAACACAACUCGCCAAGUGGAGAGAAGCUAUACAUCCACGGUUGCACCUUCAGCUGUAGAACCAUCAGAGGACUCUGUUGCUACCCUGGUGACAAUGGGCUUCGAUCAGAACUCAGCCAGGCAGGCACUUGUGCAUGCUAGGAAUGACAUCAAUGCUGCCACAACAUUCUUCUUGAAGCACAGUCCCACUAAUUGAGACA